CCGGGUCAGAUGACUUCCUCUGGCUCAAUGCCAACGUAUUUAAUAUAAAGGAGCAGCAUUAGAGUACUACGGGAGUUUAUUGGCCACCCCGGGUGGCGAGUGUAACGAUGCUGGAUGGGAAGAAUACCGGAGUCGUUGCUAACGUAAGCUGCGUAGAUAACCCCAGGACCUCUCCGACCAUCACCAACACCACCGUUGACGCUGCGCGCGGCUUUGCGUUGUUAUUGGAGCGCUGCGCCGCUCCCCGUUCAAGUCCGCUGAAUCUGAUUGGUGGGCUGAGAGUUGGGAGCCCACCUUCACAGCUUCUCAUAGGCCACGCCUCUCUGCAGUUGGCCCAGCUCAAAGUCCAGCUUGCCCUGAAUCAGCUCGCCGCCAUCAGAGCUACCAAACUCCCUCUACCCUCCCUUCACCCCCAUUCACCUCCUCUCGACCCACUCCUGAACCUCCUCAAAGCAGCGGUCACCAUCAAUAACAUGUCCCAUCCCAUGUAUAACACCCUAGGGGGACAGUACUCCUCUCAAUCCCAGAGGACUACCACCCAGAUGGGACAGUAUGGACUUACACAAGCCCAGGUCGGGAUGGAACCUCUCGGGGUCUCUCACCUGGGUCUGGGUAGCUCUGGGGCUGGUAGUUCCUCCAUUGGCUCCAGCCAGGGAGGCAUGAUGCCAUCGAUGGUGUCCCAGCAAACGAGCUACGGCGCAGGGCAGCGGUCGGCUGGGCUGACCGCCGAGAUGGAGAGUUCCAUAGAUCGUCAUAUCCGCGGUGCCAGAGAGGGGGCGAGGCUCUUCAGUAAGAUGAGGCCGCAGAACCAGCAAGGCUCACUGGACAGCAGAGAUCCUCGCCAGGGUCACGACCCCAGGGACAAGCUUUUGUCUGGGGGAGGGAUGGGCGGCUACUCGCCUGGCCUGUCCUCCGGCGACCAGAAGACCUCCAUGGACUCCUGGUCUGGCUACCUGAACCAACCCGCUCCCUCUAAACUUUUCUCCUCCAACCCAUCUCAGUCCUCCCCUUCCCCCUCCCAGAUGUACCAAACCUCAGGGUUCGGGGGUUUGGGACCACCUGGGUCUGCCUCAAGGGGUCCUGAAGUUCACAUGAACACCUCGACUGCCACCACUCGACCCGCCCGGUAUACAUCAGAAUCCGCCAGUAGCAUCCUGGCCAGCUUUGGACUGUCUAACGAAGACCUGGAGCUGCUCAGCCAUUACCCUGACGACCAGCUGACUCCAGACAACCUGCCCUUCAUCUUGAGGGACAUCCGCAUCCGGAAGGUCAAGGGAAGCGUGGAUGUGGACCAUCGUCCCCAGACUGGCAGGGGAGCUGACCCAGAGUCGGACCUCUUAGGUGGAGGACAGAGCAAAGUUAUAGAUUACGGACAUUCUAGCAAAUAUGGCGCUUUUGAUGCUACCGAUAGCCGAGUGGAUGGUUACGGCGGGCGAGAUCCACUUCCGAAAGAGAUACCGAAAUACGGUGCCGUGAGGGACGAUCCUAGCGGGCAUGCUGGGACGCCGUACGGCAGCCUGGGAAGUUCCAGGACAUCCAAGCAAACCCAAAGCCCUGUUGUCCAGAGCCCUAUCUCUCUCCCAAAGAAGGAUACUGAUAGUCGGAUUGACCUUUCUUCACCUUCAAGCAAUCCCAAUCAGACCCACACAUCCCACGACUCAUCCAGAGGGGCGGCUAAACCCAUUCCUGUUUGCGCCGGUGACCAGGGAAUCGACCGACUCCUAACAACCCAGAAUCGAGGUGCUGUCCGGGGCCAUGCUCAGUCCCGGUCCGGCCUGGUUGUUCUCGGAGGAGGAGAAGGAGGUGCCGGUGCCGCUGAAGGAAUUGGAGGAGGUCUCAGGCAUGGAGGUGUCCAACUCGGGGUUCCCCCUUCGACAGCGACCCGCACUUGGCCCUCCUUGUACCCUGUCCUACCGCCUUCGAUGGUUCCAUUGGGUCCGCCUCCGCAAAUGGGGCCGUCGAUGCUCCAGCAGAUGAACAUCCCGCCCCCGACGAUGACAAUGCCAAAGAGGUUGCCAACGCCCACCAUGAUGAGUGAUUACUCCGCGGCAACUCCCAGAAUCUUUCCCCAUACCUGUUCUCUCUGUAACAUAGAAUGUACCAAGCUGAAGAACUGGAUCGAGCAUCAGAACACAAACCUCCAUAUUGAAAAUUGUCGUCUGCUCAGGAAAUCGUAUCCUGACUGGACUGUGGAAACUGUCCCUGUGGCCAGUCCUGCUCCUGGUAGAAAUGACAACAACCAGCCGCCCCAACGCCGCCAGGCGAGCCGUUCCACCUCCCGUUCUCCGUCCUGGUCUCGAUCUCCUUCUCCUCGUCAUUCCUCCUACCACCCCGCCUCCUCAGCUCCACGCAGACCACGUUCCAGGGAGCGUUCCCGGGAACGCCGACACAAUGCCGCUACACUGCGUUCUCGGUCUCCUGGUAUGCGCCGGGAACGGGGUAGGGGGCGAUGGCGUUCCCGCUCGCCCCAGACGACCUCUUCAUCCCGGAGGUCUCAGUCAAGGAGUCGUGAGAGGGAGCGUCGCGAUAGGAGGAGCAGCCCUCCAGGAGGUGCUGGAAGAAGCAGACAGCAGAAGUCUACCAGUGCUGAAAGACUCGCUAAAAAACUACUGGAAUCAUCUGCUGGCCUCUCCUUCACCGAAAAGACCAGCCUGGAAGACAUGAUGCAGUCCCUGGCCCCUGCGCUUCUGGCCGAGCUCGCCAAGAAGAAAGGAUCCACCGCCUCGUCCUCAAAGGGAGGCGCCGGCAGAAAAGGCCACUCCUCCUCACCCACCUCAUCCUCCCGGAAGAAUGACGCUGGAACGUCCAGGUCCGGAAGCAAGGGAGCCGCAGGACACGGAAGGCCGUCGACCAGGUCACCGCCUCCGUCCGGCUCCUCUAAGACGAAGAAGAAGGAAGCUCCGGGCACAUCUGCCCUGUUGAGGUUGAGGAACAUACCCCCGUACACCAGACAUGAUGACGUCGUCCAGGCCUUGCAGACCUACGGAAAGGUCAACCAUGUCAUCCUGCUCAAGGCUAUUGAAGAGGCAUCCGUGUUGUUUGAGAAAGAGGAGGAUGCAAAGAAACUGGCCAAUUGUAAGACCUUGACCAUUAACGGCCGAAAGGUCACCGUAGUGAUGGAGAAAGAUACUCAGCUGGAUAACACGAUUAAUCCCAACCAACCUAAGAAGUCUACUGACUCAAAGGAUCUCAACCAAUCUAAGAAGCCUACUGACUCAAAGGAUCCCAACCAAUCUAAGAAGCCUACUGACUCAAAGGAUCUCAACCAAUCUAAGAAGUCUACUGACUCAAAGGAUCUCAACCAAUCUAAGAAGUCUACUGACUCAAAGGAUCUCAACCAAUCUAAGAAGUCUACUGACUCAAAGGAUCUCAACCAAUCUAAGAAGCCUACUGACUCAAAGGAUCUCAACCAAUCUAAGAAGCCUACUGACUCAAAGGAUCUCAACCAACCUAAGAAGACCACUGAAAAUAUAGCAAUAUCUACAAAGUCCUCGACCAAGACCACUGGCACCAAAAUGUCUACUACAAGUGAGACCACACCCAAGGGGGAGGUGGCUAAGCCCAAGCCCCAGCCAACCACACCCAAGGGGGAGGUGGCUAAGCCCAAGCCCCAGCCAACCACACCCAAGGGGGAGGUGGCUAAACCCAAGCCCCAGUCAACCACACCCAAGGGGGAGGUGGCUAAGCCCAAGCCCCAGCCAACCACACCCAAGAGGGAGGUGGCUAAGGCCAAGGGCCAGCCAACCACAACCAACUGGGCCACAUCUCUUACUAAAAAGGCUUGGUUGAAAAAUACGUUCAUCAAGAUUGAAGGUUUGCCGGAGAGAGGCUACACCGAGGACGAUCUUGUGAAGCUGUUUAAACCAUUCAGAUACAGACACGGGGCCCACAACUGCUUCAUACUGCCCAAUGAGAGAUGGGCUAUCAUCCGUUUGGAUGGGGAACCUACGUGCCGAGCUGCUCUGUAUAAAUACACAAAACAGCCUCCCAAACUCCUGAACUGUCGCCUUAAGUUUUCCAUGACCCGCCCCAAUGCAAGCCUUAUUCAGGAGGGUAUUUAUACAACUCUCAAGGGACUGACCAAUUCGGAUCCAACACUGAGGCAACGUCUCCUCGUGGUCAAAAAUGUUCCUGUAGAUAAUUCUGCAGUCCAAGAAAUACAUGACCGUGUGAAACGCAUCGCCCCCUUCCGCGACUCGCUGGUUUUGCUUUAUAAGAUCUAUUUUGAGAUGGAGUCUUUCUCUGUUGGGAAGGCUGUUUGUCUUCAUUUUCAGAAGAAUCCUUGCAAAGUUCUCGACAAGGCCCUAAAGUUUUAUAUGAUGGUCAAGAUAAAAAAUACUGAUGCUAAAAUAGCCACCCCAAAAGCAACUGGUACCAGUGUCACUACUGCUAGCAUCAAGGCUAUUGCUACAACCACCUCCAGUGCUGAAAACACUGCUGGCAUCAAAUCUAUUGCAGCAACCACCUCCAGCGGUACCAUCAAGGCUAUCACUACAACCACCUCUAGCGCUGCCACCUCUGCUAGUAUUAAGGAUAUCGCUACAGUCCUUUCCAGUGCUGCCACCACUGUUAGCAUUGAGGCUAUCGCUGCAACCGCCUCCAGUGCUGCCACCACUGCUAGCAUUGAGGCUAUCGCUACAACCGCCUCCAGCGCUGCCACCACUGCUAGCAUCGAGGCUAUCGCUACAACCGCCUCCAGCGCUGCCACCACGGCUAGCAUCGAGGCUAUCGCUACAACCGCCUCCAGCGCUGCCACCACUGCUAGCAUCGAGGCUAUCGCUACAACUGCCUCCAGCGCCUCCACCACUGCUGACAUUAAGGAGAACACUGCAACCACCUCCUGCGCUGGCGCUACUGCUACGAACAAUUAUUCUACUCAACAGAUGGCUACCAAACAACCAGGUGAUGAUGUCAUCAUCGUUGAGGCCAUGCAACCAGCAACUGGAAUUGUGGUGAUGGACAUCGAAGAGCCGAUGGUGACGGGGGCUGGACAGGAGGAGGAUGAAGAGGGUGGUGAGAAGGAGUUGGGGAAGGAGAGUGAAAAAGGAGGAAAAGUGAUAAAAAACAUUGAGGUAGAGACACAGGAGAAGAAAAUCGAGGAUGAACAACAGGGAACGGAAAACGAUGAGCUAAAAGCCCCCACUGUUGACAUUGUUUCUUUGCAGUUGCCUACAGCUUCCGCUCCUGAGGAAAAGGUUGUCAUGGAAACUCUGGGCAGCGUGGCAAAGGACAUUUCAAACGAUGAAAUUGCGGCAGAACCUGAUCAGGUUCAAACUGCGGCCCGAUUACAGGAAGGUAAUGAAAGUGCCACAAUGGUCAGCAAAACCAUGACCGCUGUGGCCACUACAGAACUGAGUCCAGCAAUCACAGAACCUGGUGAUUCUGUCAGCCCAGACGCCUCCGGUACUGCUGAGAUGGCACCAAAGCUGCCCUCCACAGUGCCCCUGGCGGUCCCGGUAGAGGAGGACGUUGAAGACAAACCGCUGGACUUCCCUCCGGUGACUCCAGAGAUUCUCCGGGCUCUGGAGGCUGCGGUGCACCAACACCGCAUGGGGAGACUGGCUGAGGAGCAGGCCACACAAGGACUGAGCCCGGGCCACGGGAAGGAUAGCCAGGCCAACAAUGUCACCGUGGGGGAGAAUGAGAAGAAAAUGACCCCCUUGUCUGGGCAAAAGAACCAAGCCGCAGCUCAGCCCGAGAACCCGAUGACAACAACGCAGACUCCGCAUGAGGGGAAACAUUCAGAUGUUUCUGACAAGAAAGAGAAACCAGAACCGCAAACAAAGACUUCUCGGUCAGAUAAAGAUAAACGUCCAGUGACGCAAGCAAAAAAGACCACAGACAGUAGUGGGAAGCCUUCAGGACCACAUGAGCAUAAGAACCAACCCCAGAGAAGCAGGACCCAGGGCUCAGGAGGUAGAGGUAGACACGGUGACCAUUCUUCCCCAGAAAGAAGAGAGACGUCCAAGCAUAGAGUUAGCCGGCCUCCUUCAGAGGACGAGCAACGUCCUCCGAUAUCACGACACGGAAACUCCUCCAGCUCCUCUUCCGGCUCGCACAGGAGCAACCGAAAGGAGGACAGCAGCCCAGCCAAGAAGAAAGAGAGGAGAGAGGAGGAGGAGAGGAGUAAGAGCCACAGUGGCAACAAGACUGGCCGGUCGUCCAGGAGUGAAUCCAGAGACAACAGGCAACCACAGAGAAUGUAUACCUGUGACACAAUGGACGACUUCACCUCCGACGACCUCCCUGACGAUGCCUACCCCUUUGACCUGGCCGAGUUCAAUCUGGAUGAGUUUGUCACCGUGGACGAGGUAGAAGGGGAUGAGGCUGAAAACACUAGUCCAUUGGAGUCACCCUCCUCAUCCUCAAUGCAGAAGAUUCAAGAUGUGAUCCCUACCUCUGCGCGUUCUAGAAGAAAGCGCAAGAGCAGUACACAAGAUACAGUAACUUCUACUCCGAAACCUAACCAGGAGACACUGCCUCCCUUGGCCAAAAGGCCUCCAGCCCCAUCGUCUACAUCCAGUCCGUCUGGUCAGAAAAAGCUCCCCCAAGCUCAGAAAACUCCACAGAAAGCUGCCGCAGCCAAAAAAACCGUGGCCUCAAAACCUCAACCUCCCGCAGCUUCUGGGCGCAAGACCAGGUCAUCCGGUGCAUUUGCUGCGACCCAUGUCGCGGAGACCCAGGAACUGGGUGCCGAUGGUAAUGCUGCGGUGGAGGGAGAGCCUACUAUGGACACCCUGUCUCAGCCCGUGGUUAAAGGCUCAAAGUCCCAGUCAGAAGAGGAAGCUGUAGUCACAAAGGAAAUGGACAAGGAUGGUGUAGUACCUUCAUCUGGGCAGCAGGUGCCAGCAACUAGCACUGCAGUUACUGUGGAGCAAGAAAGCGCCGGGAGAGAUCUAGAGAUUAUAGCUGAAAAAACUCCAGAGUUGGAGGGGUCAGAGGAGACCCAGGUUGAAAAAGGUGCUUCUAUACUGGGUACCGAAGUCCAGAGCAGUGCCAGUUCACUGGAUGUCGUUAUGGUAAACAAGUCUGACACAUUGAAGGAGCAAGACCCUCUGAAGAACCUGGAACAGGAAAAGCUUCAGAAUGCGACGGCUUCCCAGGCACCCGAAUCACAAGUUGACAACUUACCUGGGGAAGAAGACAAAGAUGAAACAGUUGAUGACAAACAGUCUAAAUCACAACAUCUGGACGCUCCAGUGCCUGAAGCCUCCGGAGCGACGGGUUCCAAGGUGCCUCUGACAACAUUAGAUGAGCACGAGGAGGUUUCAGAAGAUGAGUCUGCUUUUCAGAUACUCGACUCAGUCGAAGACCCUGAAGAUGGUGAUGGGGGGAGCUCUCUCCCCAAACACAUGGGAGAAUUCCAGAUACUAGAUUCUGUUGAUGGUCAGACUGAGAGCCCCCCAUCUUCUGAGGACCAUACUACUGGUUCUAAGGCUCCGGGCGGCUCCAGACCUCAAAGGGGAUGUAAAAAGGUACCAAAGAAGGGGGUUAAGAAGUUAAGCAAAACUCAGGGGGCAACCAAGACCACCGCAGGAAAGAUCCAUGGAGGCAAGCCGAAGAAGGGUAACCUCGUCACCCUGGAUGAAGUCAGCGAGGAGGAAGAGGAUUACCCGGAUGACGCGGCUGAAGAGGAAGAACUGAUGAUGAAACAAAAGCUAGCAAAGGAGAAACGACGAGAGAGGGAACCGGAGAGGAGGAGCAGGGAGAGGAGCAAGGACAAGGAGAGAGAACGAAAACGGGAGGAGAGGAUUGUCAUAGAUACGGACGGGUUGGUGACUUUGGACGAGAUUGGAGGGGAUGAGGGCGGAGAGAGGGAUGAGGAGAGUGGACUUAUGGAGGCAGACCUGCAAGCGUUGGUCACUCUGGAUGAGAUUGUUGAUGAGGAAGGAGCUGAAGGGAUGAGUCCACAGCCACUCCCCUUCAGCCAGGAGGAUGAGUCAGGAGACACCUUCAUCCCGGAGACUCUGGUGACCCUGGAUGAGGCUGGCGGGGAUGAUGAUGAGGGGAUGGAGAAGGAUAUGCAGCCUGAGAGAAGCCCCGAAUCACAACAGCCCUUUCAUCAUCACAGUGACAGCACAGUUGAAGCUACAGGGUCUCCCGGAGUGGAAGAGGAUGGCAGGGGCAUGGAGGAGAUCAGGAGUAUGAACCUGGUCACUGUGGAUGAGGUCGGAGAGGAGGAGGAGGAGGAGGAGGAAGAGGAGGCUGCUGUUACCACCCGGACAGGUGUUAAGAGGAGGAAGAAAGGAAGGCAGACGCCUGUGAGGAAGUCCGCUAGAGGAAAAAGGGGGAAAGAAACUGAGGAGCCGUCUGCAGAAAUUAGUCCUCCCUCUCACACAACUCCUCCCACUUCUCUGGACGUUACCUCCUCACUGGUCCAAGACACAGUGAUGUCAUUGGCGGACAGCCAACCUGCUCUCACGGUUCCGGACCCCCAGGAGAAAGCCGCUGAAGCCACCACGGACCGACCCAGCCUGGAGGUCCUGUCGGCUGGGAAGGAAACGGAGCCUGACCCCCCUGUGACCCAGAGUCAGGAGGUGACUGGUGUGACCAAUGGGAAGACUGACUCCGGCUCCAGAACCACAGCAGAAGGCAGUAUGACAAGAGAAGGGGAGCCUGAAGCAAAGCGUUGUCGUUCUGAAUCUCCUUUGACCACAGAUUUCACACUGCCUCCCUUUACACCAGACAAACCUAUAGGCGUGGACUUUGUGGUUCCUAAGACCGGGUUCUUCUGCAAGCUGUGUUCUCUGUUCUACGCCAGUGAGGACACAGCCAAGAAGACCCACUGCAGCAGUCAGCGCCACUACCAGAACGUGCAGAAAUAUUACCUGAAGAAGCAGCAAGCAGGAAGCUCCAGCCUCGCCUCCAGCCUGGGCUCUGCUUCCGAAUGACCCCCGACCUCAACCUCGUUGCGUCGGCGACGGCGCCCUGUCACGGGUGUUGUCGUCAGCGUUGUGACGACGGUGCGGCCGUAUCGACGUGACCAUGUGGAAUGGAAGCUGCUGACGGCGUGAUCUGAAGAACACGAUGGGGCCUUCGAAAUACAGGGACAGUGUUUCUUAAGCUUGUUUAGGUCAUAUUUAGCCAUUAUCCUGUCAUCAAAGGGACUCUGUACCAAGUGCGACGUCGUCGUUCGCCGUCAGUCGGAAACCGCUAGAAAUGCUAAUCCGAUGUUUUCCCCGCUCCCCGUGUGCUUGUUGACAUGGCUGUGUUCAAUCUGUCAGCAUCGAGAUGUAGCAUCAGUUCUACUCAUUCAGUUGGACCCAUGUCAUGUUUUCAGGCCUAAGCACUUCAGAUCAGCUCCCCAUCAGUGCCUGUUAAGGGCUUGUUGAGCGUAACGCUUGACUGGAUGUCAGUCCUGAAAACAUUUGGGAUAAUAGUGCAGAGCCUGAAUCCCGUCUCGGCGGGCUGAGUGGGCUGAAACCCGUCUUGGCCCGCUGAGUGGGCUGAAACCCGUCUUGGCCCGCUGAGUGGGCUGAAACCCGUCUUGGCCCGCUGAGUGGGCUGAAACCCGUCUUGGCCCGCUGAGUGGGCUGAAACCCGUCUUGGCCCGCUGAGUGGGCUGAAACCCGUCUCGGCCCGCUGAGUGGGCUGAAACCCGUCUCGGCCCGCUGAGUGGGCUGAAACCCGUCUCGGCCCGCUGAGUGGGCUGAAACCCGUCUCGGCCCGCUGAGUGGGCUGAAACCCGUCUUGGCCCGCUGAGUGGGCUGCGAUUUGGACUUUGAUUAAUUUGUUUUUAAUGUGUUUAUCUGACACAAGUAUAUGUUUAGUGCACAUUUUGUACAGAGGAGUGCGCAGGAUGAUGGCAUGUUAUUUUGCUCUUUUAGCCUGUUUUGUGACCAUGUUUUUGUUUCUCCUUAACCUCUGAGUAGAAGUGCUGAACUGGGAUCCGUCCAUACAGACUUGUUCAUUAUUACGUAGACGGCUGAUCUGAUCCUAGAUCAGAAAUUCGGCUUUAAGACGCUUUGGCUGCAUUGACACAUCAGUUCUGUAAUUAUUUUCACUAAUUGCUGUUAACCAACCAGAUCAGCAGAUUAGUGGUAAUUAAACAUCAGUUGGCCAUCCUGGGUGGUCUUUCUACACACAGCCAAUGAGUGUUAAAUAUAUAUUGGGUCCAAUAUGACAACAUUGUGUACAUUUUGGGGGGGGUCGCGGCUGUUCGAUAUCGAUAAUCCUCUGUUUAAUUUACUAGAGAAUAUAAACUCUACAAAUAAAGGUUUAUUGGGAGUAAUACAUUUAAGUUUUGUAAAAUAUUAAGUUGAAAACAUUGUAGAAUGGUGAGUGUUGGGGUCAAUGGCAAACAAAGAUGAGUAUAUACAUAACGUAGCCGAGGAAAUGACAUUAUAUAGAGAAGUUUUCUUUUUAUUAUUGACAGAUUUUCUUUUUAACUAUAUUUCAAUAAAUGAUUGGAAACAUU